GCUGUAAGCCGACGUUUCCCGUCUUCGCCAUCUCCGGCGGAGCAGUCUGUGGCAAGAGGUAGCGGGCGUCGGAAAGGUAGUCAAGGGUAAGCUUCGCUAGGUUUUGGCCAUGGAGUCAGCUUCUAACGAUGUGGACGGUGUACCGGCGACGGAGAUGAGCGCGGGAAAGGAGGCUCCGUCAUCUGAACCGACGACAGGGGCCAAAAAAGGCGGCGGGAAAGCUGAUCGGAAUGCCCUGAAAGCUGAAAGACUGGCCGCGAGAAUGGCGGCCGCAUCGUUGAACUCGAAGGUAGUUGAUGAUCCGCUGGCAUGCAAUUACGGCGACGUGCCGAUGAAGGAACUGCAAUCGAAGGAGAUAUCGGGGAAGGUUUGGACCAAGGUUGGGGAUCUGGAGAAGAGCUUGGAUGGGAAGGUGGUCCUGGUCAGAGGGCGGGUCCACAGCGUCAGAGGAAAGGGCAAUCUUGGGUUCCUAGUGAUUCGGGAGGCGGGUUGUACAGUGCAGGCGGUUUUGACUGUCGGCGAGCACGUGAGCAAAGGAAUGGUCAAGUAUGCGUCUCAGCUAAGCAAGGAGUCCAUCGUCGACGUCGAGGGUGUAGUCACAGUGCCGAACAAGCCCAUUGAAUCCACGUCCCAGCAGGUGGAGCUGCAGGUCAGGAAAGUGUAUUGUGUCAGCAAGGCGGUUCCUGCCCUGCCAUUGAAUAUCGAGGAUGCUGCACGGAGCGAGGCUUCUUUCGAACAGGAGGGUGCACAGUUUUCCCGAGUGAACCAAGAUGUGCGGCUGAACAACCGAGUGCUGGAUCUAAGGACGCCGGCGAAUCAGGCAACCUUCCGUCUGCAGUCUGCUGUUGGUCAGUUGUUCCGAGAGUUUUUGGUGGAGAGAGAAUUUGUGGAGAUCCACACGCCGAAGAUGAUUGCUGGAGCCAGCGAGGGUGGUGCUUCUGUUUUUACUCUUGACUACAUGGGUCAACGUGCUUGUCUCGCGCAAUCGCCGCAGCUGUACAAGCAGAUGGCGAUCUGUGCUGACAUGGGCCGAGUGUUUGAGAUUGGUCCAGUUUUCCGCGCAGAGAAAUCCAACACUCAUAGGCACCUGUGCGAGUUCACGGGCCUCGAUCUGGAAAUGGAGAUCAAGGAACACUACUUCGAGGUGCUGGAGUUGCUGGAUGGGAUGUUCCUCCAUAUCUUCAACGCAUUGAAUACAAAGUAUAAGAAGGAGCUGGAUGCAGUGAACCAACAGUUCCCAUUUGAACCACUGCAGUAUUUGCAGGAUGGAUGUCGACUGACAUUUGCAGAAGGAGUUGAGCUUCUCAAGGAAGCAGGUAUUGAGAUCGACCCAUUUGAUGAUUUGUCUACAGAGACUGAGAGGCGCCUUGGACAGUUAGUCAAGGAGAAGUACAAGACCGAUUUCUAUGUAUUGCAUCGCUACCCAGUGGCAGCACGACCUUUCUAUACCAUGCCUUGUGCUGACGAUCCUCGAUAUACCAAUUCGUUCGACAUUUUUAUCAGAGGUGAAGAAAUCAUCUCUGGUGCUCAGCGUAUUCAUGAUCCUGAGCUGCUAACUGUGAAAGCCAUUGAAAAAGGAAUGGAUGUGAAGGCAAUUGCUUCAUAUGUGGACUCCUUCAGGUAUGGUGCGGUACCUCACGGUGGCGCCGGGGUCGGAUUGGAGAGAGUCAUCAUGCUAUUCUGUGAUCUGAAGAACAUUCGGAAGACGAGCAUGUUCCCCCGCGACCCAAGUCGCCUUACGCCCUGAAGAGGAAAGGACAUGACUCAUGCCUCUCUCCCAGCUCCCCUCCACGACGACUCGUUGCAAUUUUCUUGGUGGUGUUUCGCCAUGUCUUCAUAGUGGUGCUCUGCCUUCCUGAGCAUUAGCAGGUAGUGAGCUGACAAGCAUGUUCCCCUCCCCCGCGACCCAAGUAAAUCUUAUGCUCUGAAGAGGGACAGGACAGGACUCGUGCCUUCCUUCCGGUCUUCUCCUCUCCACUAUGACUCCUUGCAACUUUCUUUGCUGCUGUUUCGCCAUAUGUCUUGCCACAGCGGUGCUCUUCUGUCCUGAGCGUUACCAAGUUGUGAGCUGGCAGAAUCUCGCACCGCCAUUGCUUAUGAUCUGAUGUGAGCUAAAUUUUGAUUUAUGGAUCUUGUGGUCGUCUCUGCGGAUUGGUUUUGAUAACCACCGGUGAUCCACCUGCCACAGCUGACUUAUUCUUUCUUUUCUUAGAGAAGAAGAGAGAUGUAUUCCGCUGCUCGACUGACUCCAUUCGGAUAGGACUAUAAGCCACUUCUGUGGCCAGAUGGAGAUUAAAUCCCAUUCUUAAAUUGUUCAGAUCGUUCAUAAUUUGUUCAGAUAUCAUUAAUCGUCGGUCCACUUUACUUUUGCAGCAUGAGGCUGUUGAGUUUGCCCUCCACCCCGAUCUCCUUAUUUGUCUUCUUGCAUGCAGCGUUGAUCAAUUGCGAGCAAGACCGUCGCACGUCAUUUUUCUUAGAGCAGCAGAGUCCUUGUCAAUCAAUGUUUUGCUUCGACGACCUGUCGUGUUAGAUAUCGGUGGAAGAUUGCCGGGAGCAGGAUUUCGACCUUGCGACAUUCAGAGUAUGAGCUUGGUGAGUUGCCAAUAACUCUAUCCGGCGCGCGUAGAGAAGGAUGCAGCAUGAUGUUUUGUCUGCCCAAAUGUUGUGCGCGGAUUUUGCGUUCCGUGGCACCCGUUCUCUUUGUGAAGCUGUUUUGUGGGGUUUCCAUACCCCUCCAACAGUACUGAUAUUUUGACGGCUGAAACAUGAUUUGCUGAAUUGAGGUGGGGUUGGGCCUGCCAGGGCAGGGGGCUGUGGUUCAUCGCGUGUACCAUUGCAGAGUGUGGGUCUGAUGGGGGGCGGGAACAAAAAAGUGGCUGUGCUCUGUGUCGUUGAGCUUGUAUGCUGGGAAAGCGCAUCCGCUUCAUCAAGACCCCGCACACAUAUAGAGUUUUAUCUGAUCUGAAUUGUGAAUGGAGGUCAAAUGCAUAGUGAGUGACUGCGCUGGCAGACUCUGGAAAUUUGCUCUUUGCCGU